AAGUUUUUCCCAGGACUUAACUUAGAUUUUUUACUUAGCUUUAAAAUGCAACUUGACUUGAAAUUGGCAACUCAGCCAAUGACAGAGGACGUUGCUCAAAAUUCUUCUCGUGAUUGCAGACGAAUUUUAAGUGUCUAAGUCAUAGCAAAAAGAAAUUGGAACUUGUACGCAAAGUGACUCAUAAUUGCGUAAUUGUACUUUUGUUUACAUAGUUGUUUUUAAAAUGAGUCGCGAUAAAGCGCAGAAAAGGCAGCGUGAUAUUUGGGUUGAAAAGGAAACCUACACCCUUUUGGAAAACUUCAUUAUCUACAAGGGUAUUUUGAAUGGAGCAUAUUCUUCAUCUGUAACCAAAGAACGAAAAAAUUCGAUUUGGAGAGAAAUAACUGCAACUGUUCAUAAUGAACACCCAGAUUGUACGGAGAAGACCCAGGAACAAGUGGAAAAAAAGUGGAAAAACUUUAUCGCUGCAGCCAGAGUUGCAAUAAGGAACUUCAACAACGGGCUUACUGAGACUGGUGGUGGCCCUUUGGGUGAGGGUGGAAUAUUGAGACCUAUCUACCAGAAGUACUACGAAGAAGUUUUAGGGUUGGACAAUCCUGCAGUAUCUGCAACAGCAAUCCCAGGAGGAAUUGACACGGAUAUUGUAUCUACUCUGACAGGAGAUGUAGCUGCCCAGCAACGACUGGUGCAGAGCCUUGCAGGAAGAAGUGACAACCAUGACGAAGAAGACCCUCUGAAUGAAAACUUUGAUGACGUUUCAAUGCAGAGUGUAGUCCCUCUUUUAACAGUAGAUGAUGAAAAUUUGUCAAGAGAACCUGAAGAAUGUGAAUUAUAUUUGACUUGUGGAACUAGUAAUUCUCCAGGAAGUUCGUUGUCUACUACACCAACACCGGUAACUGGAAUGUUAGCCAUUGAAGGAAGUGAUUCGAUUACUGCCAACUGUACAAAUAUUGAUAAAGGGAAAACACUUGUCGGAAGCGUUUCAGUGGACAGACGGCUUCAUUAUAAUUCAAGUACGCCAACAGUAAGAGUUCAAGGACGUCAAACAACCCCAUCGCCAUCACUAGAACCUCAGUUUCCAACCACUAGUUCUGCUUUCAGCUUAUUAAAGCAGAAAAGAGAAUCUCUUACACUUCGCCAAACCAUGAAAAAGACGAAAUAUUCUCUGUGUGACUUGGGAGAGAGUACUGCUCAAAGUAGAUUGACCGAACAACGUUUAAAGGUAUUGUCAGCAGUAAUGGAUGUUAGGGAGAAAUUGAAAAAUCCAGUAUUAAGGGAUGAACUCCCAGAGGAUUUAAUCGACCUAAUUUACAAUUUAAAGGAAAAUGUCUAGAUUUUAUCAGCUUUUUUAUUGAUUCGCAAUAAUGCUUUCAUUAAUACAAAGUCUUUAACGAGGAAA